CGCGAGCUGUGUUGUUCAGGAGGUUACCGCGUGGUUUCUCUGACCAAAAAAAAAAAAAAAAAAAAAAAAAAAAGAAAAGAAAGGAAAGAAAAAAGUCGUGUGGAACCGUUUAGAUUGAGGUAUUAUUUUCAGAGAGAAAAAAACGAACGAUCCCAUUGGUUUGUAAGAAGAAUCUGACCAUGACAAUAGUUGUUCUGCGUUUGCAAGGUUUAAACACAGAGGCGGGAUCUGAAGACAUCCGAAGAUUUUUCCAUGGCUUGCACAUACCUGAGGGUGGUGUUCAUAUUAUCGGUGGCAAGAUGGGUGAAGCUUUUAUCAUUUUUAAUUCGGAGAGAGAAGGCCAACUAGCCAUGCGAUACUCCGGAAAACUCCUCAGAGGCUCUUCUGUUUCAUUACAUAUUAGCAGUCUGGCUGAACUCAAGAGAAAAAUGGAGUCACGAUUAAAGAAACCAAAGUCCACAGCAGUGGAGACUAAAACAGUGCCAUCAUCCCCACCUGACAACAAUAGAGGUCUUUUGCUUAGUCUAAUGACUGCCAUUCAAGGACUGCAUUCAAAUGAAAAAGUGGAUCAAGGCCAAGUGCCUGAAAAUUUCAACCAAAAUGUUCCAGAAAAUGAUAAAUGGUCCUCAACAGACAACCAAACAAUUAAGGAUGCGCCACAUAGUCUAACUCAUGACAUGGCACCUAAGGAGCAAAAAAGCAGUGGAGAAAACCUCAAUUCCUGUAAGCCAGGCUAUCUUCGACUUUAUGGAUUUCCUGACUCCGUUUCCAAAGAAGAGAUCUACCAGUUCCUACUGGGACUUCCAGUGUUGGAAGUCAUCACAAAAGUUAGACUGUCACUGGGUUGGUGUUGUCUUGUGAAGCUGGCGAGUUUCACAGAUGCUGAGGAGGGGCUGAAAUACAGCCAUAGGAAAUUCAAAGAAUACCAUGUUGAGGUCAGACUUGCCCAUGAAAAGAUGUGGACCGAUGCUGUGGAGCAGUCCAAAAAUUUCAUGCAAAACAUCAAACCUCACACUUUCUCAGAGCGAAGGGAAGUUAACACGGAAAGAAAUGCAAUCAGAGGUUUCUCAACCAAAAGAAGUGCAGAGGAGUCACUCUCUCCCCGGGACACACCAAGCCGAUGA